UUAAUGUCCCAUGAUGGACCAAUCGCUCGCCCCUACAAGAGAAGAUGUGCAUUUGUCUGGGGGCAGAGAGCUUGUGAAGUAAAGUGCCAUUAAAGUGGCACAGCCAGAGUUUAGUCUUGCAGGGCCAGACAUCUGCACCCUCACCGCAAGAAUCGCAUCUGGGAAAAGCUCUCUAAAACGUUAGCCACGAAUGGCAGCAAAGUCCAAAACCACGGACAAGGCUCGGUUUUCAUCCUCAAAACCACCCCAAUGUCGUCCUGUUGGCACACUUGAAACGUCUGGGGUCGCCGUAUCCCAAUGUCAUGUCGUGUGUUUGACAAAAAUGGACGGCGACCUGAAAGAGAUGGCCUGAGCUUCUUCUGCCUGUGACCUUCGGCGCACAUUUGGAGUUGUGGACCUGCAGCCCCCCUCUGAGGUCAGGGGAGAGCGGAGUGCUCUGUCCAGGUGCCGAUAGCGGAAGAGCUCGCGUGUCUCCAGAUCUCCUCCAGGAGUUUGCCAGUCCAUCUGCACCCCUGUCCUCGCCGGUGGUCCUGCACUGUCAUUUGUUACCCUGGGCGCAAAUACAAGUGGCUGAAGUGCGCAGACUUGCAUCUCGGACGUCUCACCGGUGUUUUGGGCAAAUGGAGAAAAUAAAGAAGACCUCAAGGAGCAGCUGGGUGACCACGCCCAUCGGAGACACGCAAUGGAAUCGUUUAAAUACACCGGAUAUCUCCUGCCCUACGUGUACCUUCAGCGCCGUUCCUGGGGGUCCAUGUGUGUCUCAAGCUCGCCUGACCAGCGUUCCAUUGAGCCUCCAUCUCGGACUCCAUUAUUCUGAGGCGCCGUCCUCGUCUCCGGUCCUUGAAGGCGACUCUCAGGAUGCCUCCUGCAAAAAAAAAAAAAGACUUUGUGAAUCCACUGGCGGUCUGCCUGAGCGCUCAUCAUAUUUGUCUUAUAUAGCGCCUUUCACGUCGACCUCUCUACUUUCAUAAAAUGCUUUGUAACGGUCUGACAGAGGAGUUCUAACACUUUGGUUAUCUUGAGGACCAUCUUGGGUCACUUUUGUUAAAUUCUGGUUGAGUUUUUAAAGCCUGCCAAGUUGAUGCCAGCAGUGGGAAACGCGAGCGGAGGAAAGUCGGCCGUGAGGAAGGGAGCGAAACGGGUUUAGGAAAUGACAGACUGGGCCAUCACUUCGGCUGCAAUUAAAGCUUUGGAAAGAAUAACCCCUUUUAUUGUUCGUUUUUUGAUCUCACUUGUUAUUUCUGCUGUUCUGUUUCCAGUGAGAUUGGACUUCAAGUCGUGAGGGCUCCCUGUGCCCCCCCUGAGCUUCCCUCCACCGGUCAAAGACACGCAGGUUACUUGGAAUGGCGAUGCUGAGUUGGCCCGUGUGUGUGAGAGAGUCUGACUCUCUCUCUGUGUGUGUGUGUGUGUGUGUGUGUGUGUGUUCGAUCCCUGAUAAAGGAUAAACGAGUUAGGAAGAUAGCUGGACAUUGUUUUGUUUUAAAGCUUCAAAAAUGAGAUACAAGAUCCUUUAACUGGUCUUUUCUGUCUACACGUUUAUAUUAUUCUUUAUAGCCAUUUCUGUCUUGUAAUUGUACUAUUAAAGGCGUUUUUUAAAACCGCAAUACAAAACGCAGUCACGCACUUCUGUUCUUAAGUAUUCACGUAAACCAAGAAAACAACCAGAUAAAAAAAAAACAGCCCGGAUAGCAAAUUGAUUUUUUUCCAACCCCUCGAAUUGCGUAACGGACGUCCGACUCCGAUUUUCGGGAAGACCGAACUUGAACUUGUGUUGUCCGCGCGCCUGCGGAAGGCGUCCAAGACUGAACAUAAAAUUGAGGGACUGUGCUUGGGAGGAGAAACAAUUUCGGAGAAGAGGACUGGCAAAGAAUCUCUGGGAUCGAAGCAAGAAAGACAAGGAAAGUCAGGUGCCCCUCACUGACCACACAUAGAAGACAACGAGGAGCGACUGGCACCCCCGUGCCCAUCCGGCUCAGUGCGAACGCCAAGUGCCAGCCAUCCAUUGCAGGCCUCGCCUUCCUGGGCAGAGCAGCGGACAUGGCGGAGUGGAACUUUCUACAGGAGCUCUUCAGGAGCCUCCACAACGACAUGACGGCUCUGGGCCGCCUCUGGCUGCUGCUGCCCCUGGUCUUCCGCCUCCUCCUGGUCAGCACGGUGACCCCCAGUCUCUUUGAAAACGAAUUCGCCGAGUUCACCUGCAACACCCAGAUGCCCGGGUGUAGGGAGGUGUGCUUUAACAGGGCCACCACCAUCUCGCACUAUCGCUUCUGUGUCUUCCAUCUGGUGCUCCUGUCCACUCCCGUCAUCCUCUUCGUCACGUAUGCUGUGACGAAGAGCGCCGUGCAGCACGGCGCCGAGAAGGAGAAGGAGACGACGCAGCAUUCAAGGAGGAGACUCGUCUACCUUCUCAACGUCGUCGUCCGUCUGCUGGUGGAGGUUGGCUUCCUCGUUGGCCAGUGGUACUUAUAUGACUUCAGGGUGAGGUCCGCAUACUCCUGUAUGGCACAGCCCUGUCCCCACAAUGUCGACUGUUUCUUGGCACGUUCCUAUGAGAAAACCGCAUUUCUGUGCUUCUACUUUGGAGUCGGGGUCUUCUCUGCGGUGAUCAGUUUCCUCGAGGUCGUGUACAUCAUCCGCAGGUGGAAAGCGUCCGGCAGGGAACACGUGGGGCACAACCAGUCCACCCCGACCCACAACGCGCCAGGCGCAGACGAGCUGCUCACCAUGGAGAGCCAGACAAAGACCCCUCAAGACCAGUGAGGGGCGCCACCGGCCGAGAGGAGGACCAGAGCCACGGCCUUGGAUCUCAGAUGGAAAUUCUCUCGAUCUCGGCCUCUGCGAGGAGAAAUCUAUCAUUCAUUUCAAACUUCUUCACUUUUUCUUUUUCGUGUAUGUAAUUUCUACUGUCUUGUUUAAUGUGUGUAUUGGAUUGUAAAGUGUCCUUGAGUGAAUGAAAGGCGCUACAUAAAUAAAACGUUAUUAUUACUGUAUUAUUAUUAUUAUCAGGACAACAUAGCCAAUCAAAUGUGUGCAAAGUCACAUGUCCUGAAACCCCACGUGUGCUUUUUAACAUAAAUACCAUACGUCCAAAGGAAGGGGGCGACACAGGAAGUGACAUCAGAGAUUGAGAGACGUCAGGCCUCCUGAAUUGGACGUCAGAAAACGUAACGCCAACCACAAAACCAAAAAUCGCCCGGGAUAACAUCCACCUCUCGGCACUCCCGGUUUUCAGAAAUAUAAAAACUCUUUAUAUCUAAACUUUGCUAUUUUAUUUUAUACUUUUGUCUAUUUGGUAUUGUGAUACGUUAAUAAAUACAGUACCAUGAUGCUUU